AGCAAAGAUGGCGGGGAGAGUGAGUCGGAGGAAGAACGGGAGAAGCUGGGGGAGGUCGAAGCCCUGCUGAUGCAUCACGACCCCGAAUUCCAGAAAGAAAUGGCUGAGCUGGUUCAGCCAUCUAAUGUGCUGACGGAUAUAGAGGAGUACUACAAACUCUACGUGGGCGUGGAGAGAGUGAGGGUACCGGAGCUGUUGUUUCAGCCGUGGAUGAUCGGAUCAGAGCAGGCAGGGUUGGCAGAGACCGUGGAGCUGGUACUCGCCCAGUAUGCACCCGACGACCAGGACAGACUAGCGCAGAAUGUGUUUCUGACGGGUGGCCCGGCGAUGCACCGUGGUUUCCUGGAGAGGAUGGAGAGGGAGCUGCAAAUGAUGAGACCAUUCCAAUCUAAAUUCCGAGUCGUCAGAGCAGCUGAUGCGGUGCUGGACGCGUGGAAAGGUGCGCGGCUGUGUUCCCAGCAGCCGGGCUAUCUAGCCGCUCACGCAGUGACGAGGGAGGAGUACGAUGAGAGAGGCGGAGAGUACAUGAAGGAGCAUCAUGCAUCCAACCUGUACCGCAACAGCAUCAACCCUGCAUCGUAGCGAAGCCAUCCCUGCAUCUACGAGAGGCUGCGAGCUCCAGCCUGCAUCCCUGCAUCGUAGCGAAGCUAGCAUCUACGAGAGGCUGCGAGCUCCAGCCUGCAUCCCUGCAUCGUAGCGAAGCUAGCAUCUACGAGAGGCUGCAUCCCUGCAUCGUA